GCUACUCACCAGGCUUCCACGGCAUCAUCGCGGAAAGCGUUUGCAGCUGAAACUAUGGUGUCCCCCUUGUCUGCCUGCACAAUAACAAUACAUGUUAUUGAUAUCAAACUACAGCGUUUCCAACAUAUAGCAGCUCUUUCAAUGCCUCUUGUACAAUGCCUGACAUUGAACUAUUAAAACGUCCCUCUAAGGAAGGUGGAGACAACUUACAAGACCAGGGAGAGCUGCAGAAAGUCUAUAGCUGCAGUCACAGUUGUGAGCUGACAAACACUCCAACAUCAUGUGUGAAGAAAGCAGUGUGCCACAUCCAAGAGCUAAAAAACAAACUGGAGAACUGGUGCCAGCAGGGAACUUAUAAUCGGCAUGAUCUUUCUCAGGGCAAAAAUCAAAAUGGCAACAUUUGGAAGGUUCAUUCUGUAGAUUCUAAAAUCCCUGUAACACCGACUGAACUGUGUAUUGAAGGCAUGGGCCUUUGUCUUCAGAGUAAUUAUGACCAUUUCUGGAAAGGGUUGGAUGGUGUCUUGCUGGAGGUCAUGUCUCUUAUGGAGCAUCUGGAAUCAGACAGACAAGAGGCCAAGGAGGCACUGCAAAAAGAAAAGCUGAAGGGGCAGACACUGAGGAGAAAGCAAGACAAUCUCUGUCUAUGGAAGCAGCAGCAGUUCCCUGCAGCAGUGCAAAUAGAAUACGAGGCCUGCAUCAGAGAUAUUAAUGAACUAAAGUGGCAUCUUAAGGUGAAGAAAGAUCAGAUGCAGCAGGUGAGAAACAGCCUGAGCCACACAGAGGUGCAGAAUCGUCGGCUGGUCGAGGAUAUCGAUUUUUUGAAGAAGCACGGCCCGCUCGUGAAGGAGAAGCUACAGCUAGAGAGUGAAAUCAUGAAGCAGAUCAAAUCAGCACAGGCUGAGGCUAGAGAGAUGUUCUCCAAGCUGUCCCAUGAACUGAGCAAGUCAAAGCAGGAGCUGGAGAGUGAGGAACUGCUGGCAAAUGAAGAAAGGGGGCUGAUAACCAUGGAGCUCAAAGACAGUCAUAGUCAGCUUAAAGGUCAACUCACUAAUCUCCAGCAGCUGAAGUCUUACUGGGAUUGUUACUGCACCAAAGUUUGUGAGACUGAAGAGAAGGUUGCAUUAAACAAUAACCAACUUGAUGCCAUGCUUCUGCAGAUCCCCCUUCUAGAAGCACAAGAGACCAAAAUAAAUGAUAUUGUUAUGGAACUAAGAGCAAAGAUGGAAGAUCAAGACAGAGAAGUACAGGAAAAACAGAGUGGAAUUGUACAUCUUCAGAAACAAAUCCAAACAACUAGGCAAGAAGGCGAACCAAAGCUUUUUGAGGUUGAGGAGGUCUUCAAUAAGAAACGACAGGAGCUCCUACAUCUGUUUGGCGAAAAUAAAGAACAUGAGAUGGAAAGUGAGGAUUACAAUAAAAGGAUCCACCAAAGCAAGCAGGCGGUGAAGCAGCUGCUGAGGGAACGUAAGCGGAUCCUGGAGAAGAUCAGUCAAAACGAGGAAGAGAGGGAGCAGGUCAAGGGUGAACUGACACUGGAGGCUGCCCAGCAUACAAACACCAAGGCCAGGUUGGAAGACCUGGAGCAGCAAACCUUCAUGUGGGAGCAGAGAACGAGGAGAGAAACAGAAAAACUGAAGAUGCAGCUGAUGAGUGAGAUGAAAGUGAUAGCAACUCUAAAGAGUGCAAUAUCCUCAAUUAUGGAAGAACAUAAUCUGGUAAAAGCGGACUAUGAGAGAGCGAAAAAUGAGUUACUGAAAGAAUAUGAAGAUGUGACCUCUACAACUUCCCUGCUGGAGGCCGAGAUGGUUGAGCUGAAAGAGAUACACACAGUAAAAUCUGAGAAAAUUGCGAACUUGGAAAGGAAAUUGAGUGACAUUCUGACUGAACGUGAAAGGCUGUGUGGUGACCUUGAGAAGAAGAAGAGCACCUGUCUCGAACAUCUGAAUUCAAUUAAAAAAGCUCACAGUGCAGUCUCAGUGAAGUGUGAACAGACAUCCUGCAGGAUUGAGGAGCUCAGACUGAAGUCUGAAGAAUGCAGAAAAGCUUCAGACAUAAUGGAGCAUAUUGCCACCACCAUGCCACAGGUUAUAGAAGAAUUACAGAGUAUGUCUGACAUGGAGGAAUAUAAGUAUAAUUCAGCUGCCGUAGUGAUGAACAGCCUGCAAAGCGAUAUAACAGCCUGCAGAAGCAGAACAGGUCUUUCUGAGAAGGCCCACUCUAUCCUCCUGGCCCAGCGGCAGGCUGUUAUGCUGGACAUCAAGGCUAAUUUGAAGAAAGCUCUAAAAGAAAACGUGGAGCUGGCUCAGGAGUACAGUGCAUCACAGCAAGCUCUGUUGAUCACCAGGCAAGAAGCUGUGUGUGUGUUCAACAAGAAAAGCAAAACUGAAGAAUACUUUCAUGAUUACAAACAGCUUUCAUUGUUGCAGAGGAGGAUGCACAAAGCCAUGCUGAAAUACUUCAAACACCGCAGCGUCUACAGCCAGGCGGAGCUGGCCAGCUUCCAGGCCCUCUCCAACCAGAACAACCAGAAAAUGAAAGCCCUCCAGGAGGAGUUUUCGAGAGCAAUCUGCCGCAUCUCUGCCUUCCUCUACUUGCUGACAGAUGACUCAACUACCGGUCAUGAUGCUGCUGUUGCUGCCGCAGCAGACGAACAGAGGCGCAUGGACAACGAUGGAUUAAACAUGGCGAUGCCUACAGUUCAGAUAGCAGAGUAAUUGGACACUCACCUGUGUGCCAGACAACUCACUUAUACCCCCACCCCCCACACCCCAGCAUGCUUCACUCUCUCCACCCUCUCUGCUCCUUGCAGUCCAAUCCAUAACAAUGAAACAGGUGACUUUCAUGCUGCUGUCAGGAAUGAUCUAAUUUUAGCUGGGUGAAUGAUUGCAAUUGGCUUUGCCUCAUCAGAUAAUUAAUCUAUGUCACCAUUAAUUGGAAAAGAGAAUAAUUACGGGGCCGUGUUGACAGAAAUUCUACGCUUCUCCAGAUUCCAGGAUCUAAUUACACCUACUAAAACCCUGCUGACCUUAUCCUGUGGAUAGUAUACCUGCAUGGCCCUAACUAGUCUCUUGGCUGAGCUAUACCCUUCCUCCCUCACACUCUCUUUUCUGUCUUUUUUCUUUUUUUUUGUUUAUUCCCCGCUUUUCCCCAUCUUCUCUGAGAGCUGUCUCUCUCAAUCACUUUUCAAUAUUCAAUCUUAAUUUUGUGGAAGUUUAGCAUUUUCAAUGAGCUGGAGAUGAAUGAUUAAUGAAUAAAUUUAAAUGCUUCAUUUUGUA